AUGUCGCGUCCUUUCACUCCGAGGGGAGAAACCCCCGACUCGGGCUUGACGCCCCCGAAUAAUCCGUUUGGAUCAAACCCUUUCGACACCGACAACGAUAGCAGCGCUGUUGCCUCGCUUGCUAGUGAUUCAACAUUUACUGUGAAUGCUGUACAUGGGCCUUCUCCCAUAGACACGCCGGAGAGGUCAGCACAAAGAACAAGCUUAGCAGAAUCUUCCAACCACCGCCUCAGCAGACCCGAAAUUGAGCCUUCACCGUUGGCCAGAGAAGUCUACAGUGAAAAAGGUCACCAAAACUCGGCAUCCGACACUGAUAUUGAAAACACCGCCGUACCGCCUGUAGUUUCCGAUCCCGAGAAGGCAAAUGAAAAGCAUACGACUGCUUUGCGGCACUCUUCGGGUGAAUCAUUCCCCAAGAGGCUGUACAACAAGUUUCGCGCAACAUAUUGUCCCAAGGAAGAGCCGCCUCUGGUUCUUCCCGUCUGCCCCAAUGACACCGAAAAGCUGACAUACGUACACACGAACCGUAUCCUGCUUUACAUCUUUGGAGUCUUUUCUUUUCUCUCCCUUGGCGCCGGUAUGUGGCUGUUUGCGCUGUCCGCUCCGGCGUUCUAUUGGUAUGGUGUCUUCGCCGGUGCCAUGUGCAUCUACCUCUUGAUUUCGUACGCUGUUGGCAUCAUCGGAAGAGAUUGGGACUACAAGGCCCAUUUGGAGAUGGUAGAGCGUUUCCCCAUCACCGAAGAGAACGCUCCUACCGUCGACAUCUUCCUGCCGUGCUGCUCGGAACCUCUCGAAAUUCUAGAGAACACUUAUAAGCACAUUGUCAAGAUUGACUGGCCUGCGUCUAAGCUUCAGGUUCACGUUAUGGAUGACAGUGCUUCGGAUACUGUCCGCGCUCUUGCUGAGACAUAUGGCUUCAACUACUCUGUCCGCGAUGAUCGCCCUCGUCUCCGCAAGGCCGGCAACCUGCGAUGGACAUUUGCCCGUACCAAUGGAGAUUUCUUUGCCAUCUUCGAUGCCGACUUCUGCCCCCGUCCGGACUUCGUGAAGGAGUUGAUUGUGGAGCACUUGGCCGACGAGAAGACCGCGCUGGUUCAGAGUCCUCAGUAUUUCCGAGUCACCGACGACCAGACGUGGGUCGAGCAGGGAGCUGGAGCCACACAGGAGCUGUUUUACCGUGUCGUUCAGGUCAACCGCAACAGAUGGGGAGCUUCAAUUUGCGUUGGAAGCAACGCUCUUUACCGUCGCGAGUCUCUUGUCGAAGUCGGUGGAACUGCUGAGAUUGGCUUCUCCGAGGAUGUUCACACUGGUUUUGGCGCCGUCGACCGUGGCUGGAAGGUCAAGUACAUUCCCCUCUGUCUCGCCACCGGUGUCUGCCCCAACUCUCCUCGUGCCUUCUUCUCCCAGCAGAUGCGAUGGGCUCGUGGCUCUACCACUCUCCUAACCAACGGCCACUUCUGGGUUUCAAACCUGACUUUGAUGCAGAAAAUCUGCUACCUCUCAGGAUUCCUCUACUACUCGGCCGUUUCUCUCAAUAUUUUCCUCGCCCCUAUCGCCGGUACUCUCCUGCUUGCCAUUCGCCCGGAGUGGUUCAAGUUCUGGAACUUGGCAUUCGCGAUCCCCUCAAUUCUUUACGGUGUCAUUCUCAUGCGUGUAUGGGCAAAGGCCAAGUACGGCUUCAACGUGCAGCACGUCAUGACAAUCCAGAGUUACGCCUACCUCACCGCCAUCAAGGAUCGCCUCUUCAACAUUGAACUUCUCUGGGCCGCCUCAGGAGACGCCAAGGCCCAUAAGAGUAACAAGUACCGCAACAUGCGACUGCUCUGCAUCUUUUGGACCGUCAUCGUUACCGGAGCCAUGGUCGGCGUCGUCACAUGGCGGCUCAUCAACGGAUUCACCUGGUACCACCCGCUGCCAUUAAUCAUCAUUAACGUCUAUAAUCUGUUCAUCAACCAUUACUUCAUGUUCUGCAACUGGUAG